AUGGCGCGACUUAGUCUCGACGACACAGACAAGCAAGUGAGAGAUUGGUUCAUGCAGCACGCCAAAUCGCUCGGCUGCGAGACCUUCUAUGAUGAGAUGGGCAACUUGUUCGCCAUCCGCGCUGGAAAGAAAAAGAAUGCCCCGCCAAUCAUGAUGGGAUCCCAUCUUGACACACAGCCCACUGGCGGUCGCUACGACGGCAUCUUGGGUGUCAUCUCUGGUCUCGAGGUGCUGCGAGUCUUGAGUGAGAAUGAUUAUGAGACCGAAGGGCCAGUUGGCGUCGUCAAUUGGACAAACGAAGAGGGUGCGCGAUUCCCGAAAAUGGCCGUAUCAUCAGGCGUUUGGGCUGAAGCCAUCCCCCUUCAAACAGCCUGGGACCUGAGGGAGGUGUCAUCACGCGACGGUCAACCCAAAUCCAUGAAGGAGGAGCUCGACAGAAUUGGCUACACCGGUGAACGCGCGGCUUCGUACCGCACAAAUCCUUUUGCUGCCCACUUCGAGCUACACAUCGAACAGGGACCUAUUCUGGAAGAUGAAAAGCAAAAGAUUGGUGUCGUUCAAGGCGUGCAAGCUUUCAAAUGGUUCAACAUCACUGUCAGAGGUCGCGAUAGUCACGCCGGAACAACACCACUGUAUGCGCGCAAGGACCCGGUUCUCUGUGCAAGUAAGCUUCUCGUUGCGGCCAACGCCAUCGCCCAUGAGUUCAAUGGUCUCGCUACAACGGGCAUCUUCACUACAGACCCAGGAACAGUCAACACAAUGGCGCACACAGUCAAGUUCACCCUUGACGUGCGGCAUGUAGAGGACGCAGUGUUGGGCGAGAUGGUCCGCCGCUGCGAGGAAGAGUUUGAGCGUGUCGGAAAAGAUGACAGCGGGAAAGGAUGCGUUGUGGACUGGGAACUCCUGGUCGACAGUCCGGCUGUUCAGUUCCAUCCGGAUUGCAUCGCUGCUGUUGAGGCGAGUGCUGCUGAUGUGUGCUCCACGCUUCCCGAGGCCGGUGAGCGUAAGCUAUUCAGACCAAUGAUUAGUGGUGCCGGACACGACAGCUGCUACACGAACCUGCGGGUGCCGACAAGCAUGAUCUUCACACAGACGAGGGAGGGCAUCAGCCACAACCCUGCGGAAUAUUGCUCACCGGAGGACUGGUAUUAUCAUUCCUGUCAACCUGAUUGA